UCCGAGGACACGAUUGCGCGCGCAACGACACGAAUCUUUGUUCUGCGUGUUGAUCUAAUUCCUCAUAAAAUACAAUCGCGUGGAACGCGCCUUUUGCCGUUUUAAAUAUGAACGAGUCGAGUCGUAGUUGGCCUGCUAUAGAAACGCGCCGAUGUGCUAUCGCACGUAAUGGCACGGAAUAGAACAGCUGAUUCCCGCGUCUUGACACUCAUACGAUCGUGGAGAUCGUGUGGAAAUCACGUUCCGUCGUUGAAACGGCCACUAGUGCCCCUCACGUCGCAAUCGCCGCCAGCAUCGCGACCAGCGUGCUGAAACGGCAAUAACGAGGCGGAAUUCCGCAGUCGCACCUUCGUGGCUUGUUCGCAGUCACGCGUUCACGCCGAAUCUCCCUUGAGUUGCGCUCAGCUGCGAAUUAACCCACACCUCCCUCUUCCUCCCUGCUGCUUCUUACCCCGCGACACCUUCGACACGAAGCUCAUUUCGCGUCUCGUUUGGGAUUAUGGCCAGCCCGGUGGUUGGCACCGGAUACAACUUCAAGGUGGUUUUACUCGGCGAGGGAUGCGUCGGCAAGACCUCGGUCGCUCUCCGAUACGUCGAGGACAAGUUCAACGAUAAGCAUAUCAGCACGCUGCAGGCGUCUUUCUUAAAUAAGAAGUUAAAUAUCAACGGAAAAAGAGUGAACUUGGCGAUAUGGGACACUGCCGGGCAAGAGAAGUUUCAUGCGCUAGGACCGAUUUAUUACAGAAUGUCCAAUGGUGCCAUUCUUGUUUACGAUAUUACAGAUGAGGAUACUUUCCAAAAGGUGAAGAAUUGGGUAAAGGAGCUUAAGAAGAUGUUAGGUAGUGAAAUUUGCUUAGUAAUAGCAGGUAAUAAAGUAGAUCUGGAGAAGGAUAGAAAUGUUGCCAUAGAAGAAGCAGAGGAAUAUGCUAAACAAGUAGGAGCUAUGCAUUUUCAUACAUCGGCCAAGUUGAACCAAAACAUCGAGGAAAUGUUCUUGGAUCUGACGCAGCGCAUGAUGCAACGCGCGGAUGAGGCUGAGCAGAGAUCUACACUUACGAGGACCAAUAGUACACGUCGCAACGUAGUAAUGGUCGAGGACGAGGCGGAACAAACUCAACCGAGUAGAAGUUCCUGUUGUGGAGGUGGCAGUGGUGGUGGCAGUAGUGGCGGUGGCGACUUUUCAUAGACCUUUAAAAUCAAUUUAUUCGUUCGAUCCUAAGUACAAGAAGGUCUAAUUUCGAUAACCCACAAAUUAUGUACGAGAUGACGCGUCUCAAAAAUGUGACAAGUUAGUAUUUACAAAUUUGUUAUAUUACAGAUGCUUCGUCUGGUACUUAUGUGUGCAGACGUGUGCGUUAUGUAUGUAUGAAUGCGCAUGUGUAUGCCUAUAUAUACAUUUUUAGCUACGGCAAUUUUUGGAUAGCAAAGUUAAGUAGCUAUCGUAACUUUGUGUCCAAUGAAAAAAAUUUUUCGAAGUACAGGUUCUAUAUGUAAUUUUGUUCAAGAAAAAAGAGUUGUUAAUAUUUUCGAUGACUUUAAAUAUGUAUACGUCAUGUAGCUGCGGCCUUUCAUUCAUUCACAAACAUCGUAAAAUAAGCCUCGUUUCUUUCUUUCUUCAAUGAGUUUGUAUUUAUCUGUUUGUAUUUGAACCUUUGGUCUCAUAAUACCCGUCUAAUAUUGCUUUAUAUGUCGUUUAAUCGUCAUUUUGAUUUUCUUGGGUUUUAAUUCCUCGUUCAAAGCAGUUGUGAGAUAAAUCACUUUUUCUUUUUGAUUUUUAAAUUCUCUAAAAUUUGAUUUGCAUCUGAAUCACCAUCAUUCUAAAUAAUUACUUUUUUGUCUAUGAUAGCACAAGUAGAAUAUUCUCUAAUUAUUUGAUUCGCGCGUCAAAAUGUUGAAGGAAGAGAGCUUGUUUGAAACAGCGAGUGCCUCAAUUUCAAUAAUCAAUAAAAUAUAAUCGUAAAAAUUCAAUAAUCAAUAAAAUAUAAUCAUAAAAAUUUUUUGGCAAGAACGAGAGUAAAAAGAAGUCCUGUGACUCAUUUUUUCAUCAUCUUACAAUUUUCGAUAUAGCUGCCUUUUUACUUUACGUUUUUACUCUACCCGAAAAUUGCCAUAAGCUGAUUAAGAAUUGGCUAAUUGUUAGACGGCCAUCGUUCGGUCUUAUCGUGAGACGAGGGCAUUUUUCAAGAACAAAGGAACUUUCGGCUUUUAUCCAAAAUGAUAGUUUAGGUUUAGGUUAUUGUACAUAUUAAGUACCGCGAUAAUUUUAUUGUACAAUAUAUUGAUUUGGAUCGUAUAUUAAGUAACACGCAAUAUGUUUAUUCAUCUGAAAUUAUAUAAAUUAGCGAUACAAGAGAGAAUUGUUGUUUAAAUUAUUGUUACUGUAAGUUAUUUUAUGAACAUAAAAAUUGGUAACUUGUAUAAUAACGU